GCGGAAGAUCUAAUAAAGGGGAAAAAGAUAAAUCAAAGCAGAUAUAGAGAAAGACAGAAGAUAGACAGGGUUAUAAGAGGACAGGGACAGAGAGAUAGUGAAAGGGAAAUGGAUAUGGGAAGGCAAAAAGGGACAGGCAAAGGAUAAACAUGUUGGGAGGAGAGUCCCAGAGGAACACGGAGGGAAGAGGGAUGGAAUGAAGGGGAAAUAAAUAAAGAAAAUUGGCAGAGAAAGGCACAUUUACACAUGGAGGCAGAGAGACACCCAGGGGAAUAUAAGGGACGAUAGAGACAACGGAGUCAGGGCAACACAAGGCAAAUCAGGCAGAGGGAGACAUAGAUCAGCCAAAAGACAGACACACAGCAACUAAGCAAGAGAGGACAGAAUUACAUGCAGGGAUAACACUGGGGGGAGAGACAGUGAGGUACAGGGAUAACACAGGGAAAGAGACAAUGAGGUACAGGGAUAACAGAUAGUGGGGCAGAGGAUAGCUCAAGAAGUGACAGACAAAGAUACACAGAGAUAUCACUCAUGGUACAUACAGAGGCACACAGGAGAACACAGGAGCGGACAGACAGAUAUACACAGGGAUAUCACAGUGGGACAGACAGCAAGAGAGUACAGACAGACACACAAGAGAAGGGAGACACAGAGACACUGGGAGAUAAGACAAUUGGGGGCACCCCAACACACUGAGAUAAAACGAGAGGGGACAGAUAAUAGAAAAACAGGUAUCAUCUAAAAAAGAAAAAAUAGAAAUUGCUAAAGGAGCAGAGUGAUAAAAGGGCUUAGCAACAGAGACACCCAGGAAGAAGUUAAGGCAACACAGAGACUGGGAAUAAGGAGGAGACGGAAUAGAGAGAGCCAAGCCGGGCACACAUAGUAAUAGAGAGACAAAGGGGGAGAGAGAAUAGAAACAGAGACACAUAAGGGUAAGGCAGGAGAGGACAGGCAGAGGGAACGCAUGAGAGAGGCUAGAAGGAGAAAAGGCUUGGGGAGGGAGAGAUAGAGAAAGCACAAGAGGACAGGCAGAGGGGGAGAGCUGGAGGGGAGGGAGAUUGCACAGGAGAGAGAACAGAUUGGAAGAGAAAGGCAGAGUGUACAGAGGGAGAUUAUAGGCAGAAAGAAAGGAGGAACAGCAAGGUGCAGAGCUGGGAAGGACAGAUAGUGAGAGGAAAGGAACGGAGAGAUAAAGUGCAAGAACAAGGAGACAAAAGGACAUUUAGAAAAGAGAGAGGCUGGCACAGUAAAUCACACAGGGGCUGCUAGAGGCUGGCCUCCCUGCCGGGGACAAUAAAGCCGCUGGCUGUUACUAGGGAGGACCAGGGGCUGUUUCUGCUGCUGGAGGACAGGUUAGGGCACAGGGUGGGAAGGCCCAGCCUAUGGAGAGGAGGGCACCACUGACAUGCAUCUGAUGUGCUGAAGCACUGGCAAUCCUACAGGACUGGCACACACGGGAUGAGAGAGGAGGGGUGAGGAGGACUCUAUUACCCUGGAUCUGAGCACCACCAAUUCCAGAUCCUUCACUGCAUCACCCACAAUCCAGUCUCAAUGCCUGCCGGUCCCUAAACACACCAUAAACAUUGAGGGGUCUCACACAGUGUGAACAUGAGUGCUGGGUCGGUGGAGCAGGAGCCGGCGCGGAAGCUGGGCUGUUGUGGCGUGCCGGUGAUUACAGAAGACAUGCAGGCCUUAGCUAUCCGCAGCCUGUCUGGGAGCGAGGUGCAGAAACACUACGAGCUGAUUCGGGAUCUGGGAAAAGGCACGUACGGAAGGGUGGAACUGGUAUCCCACAAAAGCACAGGAAACAAAAUGGCCCUGAAGUUCGUGAACAAGAACAAGACAAAGCUAAAAAGUUUCCUUCGCGAGUUCAGCGUGACGAGCGCGUUGUCCUGCAGCCCUUUCAUCAUCAGAGCAUUCCAUGUUCUAUUCCAGACAGAGGAAUGUUACGUGUUUGCCCAAGAGUAUGCCCCUGCUGGGGACCUCUUUGAUAUAAUCCCCCCGCAGGUGGGCCUUCCUGAGGACAUGGUGAAACGUUGUGUGCAGCAGCUGGGCCUAGCUCUUGACUUCAUGCACAGCAAGAGCCUUGUGCACCGUGAUAUUAAACCUGAGAAUGUCCUUCUGUUUGACCGUGAGUGCCGUCGGGUCAAGCUCGCUGACUUUGGCAUGACUCGUAAAGUGGGUUGUCGCGUGAAGAGAGUUAGCGGCACCAUCCCUUACACUGCUCCGGAAGUGUGCCAGGCUGGACGCACAGAAGGUUUCCCAGUAGAGACCAGCUUGGAUGUUUGGGCUUUUGGAGUACUUAUAUUUUGUGUCCUCACUGGCAACUUUCCUUGGGAAUCAGCAUCACCAGGAGAUGCCUUCUUUGAGGAAUUUGUGCACUGGCAGAAAGGACGCCUGCCUGGUCUCCCCUCUCAGUGGCGACGGUUUUCUGACAAUGCUCUACGAAUGUUCAAACGUCUCUUGGCUUUGGAGGCAGAAAAGAGGAGCCCGGUCAAAGAGGUCUUCUUCUAUAUCAAGUAUGAGCUGCUUUCUGAAGUCAGGCGUAGACCUUCCUACCGUUCACGCAAGCAAACAGGAGAUAAGUUACCAUCAGUGCCCCAGCGCCAUGAAAACCCAACUCCCCUCAAGAGGACAAUCCUUACAGAAGGAGGUUCCUCACCACGUGCCCCCCAUUCCCUGCCAGAACCUGGCCAGCCUUCUGCUGGCAGUGGCAGGACAGAUGGACGGCAGGACAAAAGCAAAGCUCAAAUGCUGCUAGCCACUGCAAUUGAAAUAUGUGUGUAGGAUGAUUCCUCGGAUUCAGCUAUUUUAGGAACUGAUGUUAUAGUGCCAAUUGAUGGUCAGUUCAUCAUCAGGACUUUUAGCAAAUUUGACCUCAAUUGAACUAGAUGGGUUUCAGGUUACAAGCAAAAAAAAAAAAACCCCAAUAUUUUUAGCUGGUGAGUGAGAGUUUUAGAGAAAAAAGGAAGAAGUAAUGUCCUAGUUGGUGGAUAGAAGAGUCUCAGAGGUUUUUGAUCAAUAUUUGAUAUAACACCAUUAGGAGUAGUGAUUUUGUGCUAUUGUUGUCACAUUCUGCCUCAUGAAGGACUAGGCACCUUACAGCCGUGUAGGCAACAGGGUAAGCCCUUCCUGCAAAUGUGCCACAUUUACUCUGUUUAACGAAGGCACAAGAUAAGUCGGGUCAGUGCAAGACCUCCUUGACAUCCUUUACGAAUCCAAUUCUUGCAAAACACCAAUACCCAGAACUAAAAUAGCACAGUCAGGGCUAUAGCAAUCCUUCUCUACUAUUACUGCCAUGCCAAAAACAUGCAGAGAAGGCACUGGCAGUCCAAACCUUUAUUACACUUGCACUCCAGCUAGAUCCUAUAGUAUAAUCAUGCAAGGGGAGUUAAAUGCUACAUUUGUACAAUGCCCCAGGCCCGUUUUUUUUUUUUUUUUUACUUACCAAGGGCUUCCUAUGCCUUCAUAGGAUACAAGAGCUACAUGACUAUCCCUGAACCCUUUGAUUUAAUGGUUAACUAAGUGUAAGGGAUAUCUUAACACUCAACUGACAUUCCCAGACAUUAGAAUGAUUGCCUCUUUCAUCUCCAUCUAUUGAUCCCCACUAUAAGCUAUUGCGCUAUUGCCGUGGCUAUUUAUUUCUAAAAGAACAUCUGGCACAAUCUUAUUGGUUACCUUUUAGACCAUUUUAGGUGGCCUAGAACUUUGAUCACAUGGAUGUCAGGCUUUCAUUAUAAAUGGCUGACAUACAUCUUGAUGUAGUAAUACACCAGGGUAUAAAACACACCACUUGGUCCAUACACCAUCUUUCAUAAUAGGGUUGACCCUCAAGAAAUUAUAUUUUUGAUACUUAAAAAUACAAAGUACAAGCAAAGAAACUUGCACUUUCCCCAUCUGAAAUUAUGUGACUAUCCCGCCGGCCACCAAGGUUUUAUUUUGGAAGUAGUCAAUGUAUGACUCUGAGCUGAACGGAACAAAACUUGGUAUUUCAUGUAUUUUAAAGGGAAAACAAACACUUUGACGGGCCGUAUUGUUCUAGUAAACAUAUGGCUCAGCACAGAGCAAAGAGAAACCUGAAACUGUAGAAUCUACAGCACAACGGUACCUUUAUCAGGACCAUUUAGAGUCCAUACCGGUUGGCACUAAGCUCAAACCAGGGCUUGAUGCUCCGGAUAUUGUCCAUCAAACUCGAUACUGAUUGUGUGCACAGAACAUUCUGCUGCUGACUGGAAUUGGUACGUACUAGAGGGGGUAGAAUGUUGCUUUCCCUUAGCUAAAGCAGUUAUGUCAGCUGGAGAAUGAAUUCUGAUUUGACUACAUUCUACCAAGGUCUCCAAAAAGCUGCACGGCUCAUUGUUUGUAUAUCAAACGACCCUAACAACCAGGCAGUGGUUUGAAUGAAAGACAGGAUUAUAUAUAGGAGAGGACCUGGAUAGAAAGAUAAGUAUUAAAAAGUAACAAUAAGAAUAAAAUUGUAGCCUUACAGAACAAUAGUUAUUUGGCUGCCGGGGUCAGUGACUUCCAUUCGAUAUGGGAAUUAAAGGGAAGGCCAUCUACUCGGCACGCUCUGAAUCAAAUGCAACGUUCUGUACACACAAUGAGUAUUCAGAAUUAUAUAGUAGUGAAUGUCACCCAUAUUGGAUUAUUAUAUCUUAAGGGUCACCUCCUACAGGUGGAGCAUACCUCAGACCCAGGUAUGGGGUGGAAUCUGUGGAACCUACAAACCCUCUGAAAAAAGACAGAAACAUUUGGUUGAAUGGAAGCCCUUAGCACUAGAUCCAUCAGAAUGCUCAGGAGUUAGAACCUUUGCUGGCAGAAAGACUGGGAUAGUUGCCAAUGGAAGUGUUUGAAUAAUAGCAUUCCCUGCCCAACCACAAACACUGCCUAUGCAGCGCACAUGUAGCUAAGUGUACAACUGUCUUUGUGAUGUUCUAGGCAGUGUUUUACCUACAGUGUUGUGUAUCAGUCUGCGUAAGUAGGGUUUCGCUUUCCAAUUCCUCCCUGCUGGGCCAUUCCAUUAUUUCAGUAGACUAAUGACUGGUGUUGCUGUUUAGAAGUCUCCUUGGGAUCAACAGCGGAGGAAGCCCCUGUAGAUAACAGAACUAGGGUCUAGAUCAAAUGUAGCACUUCUAAUUGGGACCAUUAAAUGGCUCCUUCAGUGUUGUCAUUCAGGGAAGGUAAGAAGCUCGCAAUCAAUUUCUAGUACUAAUGACCUUACCCAGUACCCAUUAAGUUGGAGAACGUUGAACCCAACCAACAGGAACCCACCUGCCUCCCCACACAUUCACCUUGUACGCUCAAUAAAUUGUCUACCCAGAUGAUUCCCUCAGAAGUCCCUCUAGCAUCAGUAAUUACAAACUUCUAUUAAGGGCUACAGCAUAAAUAACACAAACAGAAGUGCCGUGACACCAAAUCCACAAGGACAGAGCAUCGUAGGCAUCAGAUUGAAAAUGGCCGAACACUGGCCAAGCUCACUACAUCCUCUUGACGAGAGCAUGGAUCCACUUGCAGGAAGAGAAGCUGUUGAACACAAUCUCAACCUCACUGGGGGAAUAUUAUGUGUUUACUUAUUUUAUAACGAAGCAGUCAGAGCACAAUCUCCUCUUUGUCUCGUCCUGGUUUUAGGGCUUCUAGACAGGCCAAAAUGAGCUUUUCUAUGUCUUUUUUUCCCCCUUUUUCUUCGACCCUGUACAUUAAAAACACAACGUGGCAUAGAGAACUAAAGUAGCAAAUUCCCUUUCUUGCCUUAGAAGUCUUUGAUGUUCACAAUAUUAGUGCAAUAAUGUAGAUAAGGUAAAUGACUGAAACUUUUUAACUUAACUGUAGGACAUUUCUGACUCCAGGUUAGGGCUAGAUUAGAAAAGUUACCUCAGUAUAUUUGACCUGUUAAAAUAAAAUCUAUAGAUAUAUAUAUAUAUAAAUAUAUAUUUAAAGUUGUGUUUAGAGCUAGAGAAAUAAAAGAAAACAUAUUCUUAAUUGUGAAUUGUUUGAAUGUGAAUAUAAUGCUUUUUGUUCCAUAGGCCUCUUCUAUGCUUUAUAAAGGGGUAUGUGCCCUGGACAGAGGCAGGGACGUCAGGAUCAGUAAAAGGCGGCCAUUUUUAUUUCCAUGAUGAGACUACAGAGAGUCUGUUUGACCCAAUCAGGGUCGGACUGGGGGGUGAAGGUGGCUGUACUGGCUGUGCCCCCUUACUCCCCCCCCCGCAGGGGCCCCCCUAACCCCUCGUAGGGCCCCCCACCCGACGUCCUACCCAGAGCACGUAAAUUUAACGCGUCAGGGGAGGGGCGGUCGGGCAGGGGGAGCGCCACAAGGCUUGGGUCUGGCCCACUAGAGCCGGGGCCCACCAGGAUUUUUCCUGGUGUCCAGGCGGCCCAGUCCAACUCUGGACCCAAUAAAUGAUGGCCAAGUACAAAAAAAGAAGUCCAUGAAGAUGCCAAUCACUGUGAGGUGACUGAUGAUGAUCUUGCCCCCAGCUUGCAAUUUUGGUUGAAUAGGGAAUAACUUGACCAUGUAACAGAACUCAUUUCAACAGUAGACGUCUAUGUGUCCAUGUACAUUAUCCGCUUGGCCAUUCAUUUCUAUACAAUGCAUUAUAGAUAACACACCUAGACCCUAGAGCUUUCUAUUCAGGGAAGAACAGGCUUUCUAUACAAGAGAACAAUCCCCAGACAUUAUUAGACCCUCAGGCACGUAAAAGGGCAUUUUCAUUUGGAAUGCAAUAAAAACCUAGCCACUCUGUUCCCCAUGAGGUUUGACGAUGACGUAAAUGAAGAAGUGAGAACACCCGGCCCCCCGGCCCCCUUCUCAUUGGCGUUCAAAGGCAGCUUCUUCCAUUAAUAAGAAAAUGGAACAUUUUUAGCCGAAUAAAAAAAAAAAUCUAAUUUACAGAUAAGGAUUGUGCUAUGACAUGUGACCAUUCCCUUGUGUUGCUCCACAUGGAGAAUUGCACUUUGUGAAUAUACAAUGGGAACAUAAAGCUUCCUCAGAUAGAUUGACGACAUUGCAGCAAGUAGGGAAUAUACUGAAUUAUCUUUAAAAAGACCUAGACCAUCCAUCAUAAGCUGCUGGACACUCUGUAAGGAAUGGGCAGGUUUCUUUAGACCCAACCUCAUGGCAUUUUAGUUCAAUGGGUUUCCUUGAUGGACAAGACACAAAGAAAGAUUGAACUCCAUGAUUGGAUUGGACCAAACUCUAGUACAUUUUGGAGGCCAAAGAAUAUCUAGAACCCUUCAGAAGAAAUCUACAUAUCAGUGGUACCCUAGUAACACAGGCAAGGCAACAUCACAAGGAAGAGCAAACACUUAUCUAGAGUUUUGGUUUGGUACAGUGCUUAGUGAUGUAGUAGGGAUGCCACGCAGUGAUUGGUUGAUUCUAUGAGUAUAAAGUGUGGCCAUGUUAUCCAUCUUGCAGAUCCAUACAUCUCAACUUGUAACUUCUCAAUGACAAUCUGAUCUACGCCGAUCCUCCAGCAACUACAGGAACCUGUUGGGUCGGUUAUGUUGCUCCAGCAAAAUCACCCGUGUAGCUUAGCCUAAACUUUUACAGCUAUAACUAUCAAUAUUAAAGCAUGCAUUUAUACAGGAGACAGCUUGAUUUGUGUAUAGCAACCACUAUAAUAUCCCCCUCCCCCCCUUAUUUAAUAGAAUAACAAACCCAUGUCGAGGUAGCCAUAUCUGCCGGCGGUUUGACAGUUAAGGAGGUUAUGGAACAAAACAAAGCAUUGUUCUUUGUCAUUUACUUGUGUAUUUCCGUCUUUGUGAUGACGUCUUUGUGUUCCUGCACUGCGAAUUAGGAAAGACUAUUAGAAGAGUAAAAAUCAAAAAAUGCAAAAAAAUUCAAAAUGCAAAAAUAAAAAAAAGGUCCUUUGUUCUCUCCAGCCCCUGAAAACUAAGAUGCGCCGAGUCAGCAGUGCAGAGGAAAGUUUUCUAUAAAGCUGUAUGUAUUUUAUUAUUGCUUUUUUUUCUUUUGUUUUUCAUUGUAGAUUAUAAAUUAAAAUGGAAAAAGUCUA